AUGGACACGGUAUCGUCCCCGACGUCUUCCAAGGUGUCUUCGGUAUUCGGAUCUAGGUCGGUCUCUCUGACGCAUUUACCUGCUACCGCCUACGACCAGGAUCAGGAGAAGAUCUCAGGGGAUCGGCACGAGGGAUUCCGUGACGAUCUUGAGAACCAUGAUCGUUUCGUCAACAAACGCGAAGGCGGGGGCGAGGACGUCCAUCAUGGUAGCAUAUUCACCCAGGAACAGGUACAGGGAUCCGAUCACGACCCGAUCCCAACCUACCCUUCGGUAACGAGACAAUGGUCAACCCUCCUCGUACUCAACCUGGCCAUGAUGAUCGACGUGGUAAGCGGUUCGGCGCUUUUUGUGGUGGUCACGCAUACCGCGGGGGAUUUGGGGUUGUCGGGGCCGGACGCUACUUGGAUUUUGAAUGCGUACAUCAUCACCUUUGCCGCCUUUCAACUCUCCGCAGGCCGACUCGCCGACCUCUCCUCAGCAGGGUGGGUGUUCGUGAUCGGCAUAGGUACGGUGGCUACGUUGAACUUGGUCUUGUCAUUUCUGAACGAUCCGAUCGCUUUUUUGAUACUUCGUGCGAUCCAGGGGAUGGGCGCGGCGAUGACCAUCCCGAGUUCAUAUAACAUCACCGUCCGGACCUUUCCUGAAGGUAAACAGCGAAACCGGGCGAUCGCCAUCUUGGGUUUGGUAGGAUCCGUCUCUUUUUCCCUCGGAGUGGUCAUCGGCGGGCUGUUCGAGACGGUCUCCUGGCGCUGGCUCUUCCGAACGCUCUCCAUCAUCUCCUUUGUCGCGACCGGUGCCGCCCUGCUCGUCGUCCCACGUAAUCGUACCGUCAGCGGUCUGUCGGUCAGGGAGAUCCUCUGGCGUAUGGACCCCGUCGGGCUCUUGCUCUCGGUCGGAGCGAUUAUCCUGCUCGUCCUCGCCUUGACCUCGGGCCCAGAGUAUGGGUGGAACGAUCCGAGGUUCGCAGCGUCUCUGCCGGUCUCGAUCUUGGGGUUCGUAGGGUUCUUCGUCUGGGAGGCCAAGGGGAGGAACGAUACGAACGCCAUGUUGCCGUCGUCGAUCUGGAAGACGCCGGGAACCAAGGCGUUGGUUUUCUUGUGCCUUGCCCCGUUCACGUUCUGGACGACGACAGCGUUCGGUUUCCCCAACUAUUGGCAACAGACGCUCGGGCGCACAGCGCUCAACUCGGCCAUCCGCCUCUUGCCCAUCGGACUCGCAGCGCUCUUCACCUCGAUCGUCAUUCAACUCAAACCAAAGCUCUUGGUCGCCAAGCGAUGGUUAAUAUUCGCCACCCUGAGCCUGGUCCCGGUCGCCCUCAUCCUUUACGUGUUCGGCGGCGGGGGUGAUGGCAACCGGUACUGGUCGUACUACGUCCCUGCUUUCGUCAUCGGAUCGAGCAUGUGCCAAUACGCCUUUCUCGCCAUCAACGUGACUGUCAUCACCUCGGUCCCGCCAGUCAAGGGAGGAGUCGCCGGGGCACUCAUGUCGGUGGUCAUGCAGCUCGGUAAUGCGGUCGGGCUGGCCAUCCAGGCGGCUUGUCUACCGGAUCGAGGAGGGCAUGCGGUCGGGCGGCCGUGGCAAGAUUUUCAGACGGGGUAUUGGGCCAUCUUUGGCUGGAUCGUCGGGUCGAUCGUCGUCUGUGGGGGGUCACUGCUCUAUACCGCUCGGCGGCGGGGAUUACCAGAGGUCGUCGUCAGGGAAGGGGUGGCCGUGUUAUAG